UGGCUCCCACUUCUCUUAUCCAAAAUCCACACUCUGUGCGCGAAAACUCAAAGCAACACUCUCUUGAGUCUUGAGUCCCUCUUUCAAGAACGCAGCGCGCAAACGUCAAUGGCUCUUCUUCGUUUUCUACACCCUCCAUCGACGCCGGCGGCUUUGUUCCGCGCCGAACAACAACUCUCACUCACGCCUACUCCUUUAUCCACUAUCAGUAGCUACAGUCUCUCCUUUUCUUGGUCUCUCCCCUCGCUUUCUCCUCUCUCUCACGCCCAUACUAGCACCCUUUCCGUUAAGGCCAAAAGAGUCAGCAACUUCGUUUUGCACUUCUCUUCUACCGCGCAAGAACAAGCUCUCGAUUCGUCUUCUGCCAAUGUUUCCGUCGAAAGCCAAGAAUUGGAAGCGCAGGCCGAAGUGUUAUCACGGGCCAGAUUGAUUGCCCAGAACGUGCCUUGGACUUGUACCACUGAAGACAUUCGCGCUCUCUUUGAGAAGCACGGGACUGUCCUGGACGUUGAGCUAUCUAUGCAUGACAAGACCAGAAACAGGGGUUUGGCGUUUGUCACUAUGGGUUCGCCUGAAGAGGCUCUUACGGCUCUGAAUAAGCUCGAAUCGUAUGAGUUAGAGGGUCGCACUUUGAAGCUCAAUUAUGCCAGGGCACAAAAGAAGAAGCCCUCCCCUCCCCCUACUGUGCAACCAAAGCAAAUAACAUUCAACUUGUUUGUAGCAAAUUUGUCGUAUGAAGCGAAGUCUAAAGAUCUCAGAGAGUUCUUUAGUUCAGGGAGUGGUAAUGUUGUUUCUGCGCAAAUUAUAUUUAAUGACAAUCCAAGAAGGUCCUCUGGAUAUGGAUUUGUGGCCUUCAAAUACAAGAAAGAUGCAGACGAAGCCCUUUCUGCUUUCCAAGGGAAGAUGUUUAUGGGAAGACCAAUUCGAGUGGCACGUAGUAGACAAUUUGUUAAACUACCAGAAAAGGAGAGAGCAGAGUCUGGAGAUACAUCAACUGAGUUGAACUCUAGUGCAGAGCAAGGAGAUAAUGCUGAUCAGAAUUGAAAGUGAAUUUUUCAAGAGAGUGAAAUCACAUCUCUUUUUUUUCACUAUUUGUGAUUUAGUAGGGUUGAUUUAUACACCUUAUGUGAAGACAAUGGAGCAAUUUGUAGAUGUUUUGACAAAGGGAGUCUUCACUAGUGUUCCACAUUCAGCUUUAUACAAGCUGGGCAUGUGAGACAUUUUUGCCUCAGCUUGAGAGAGUGUGUUGAAGAUAUGCAGCUGAUUUGAUUUUAUUCCCAGAUUCCCUAGAUUUGAUUUACAUAUAAUUCUCCUUAAUUGUAUUUCCAAGAAUGUUGGAAUAUGGUUUCCUAAUAUUGUUAGGUCAACCAUGUCUUAUUUGGAUAAGGAUUCGAAUUUUGGAAAGUUAUUUCCAAAUAUGGAAUAAUUUAAGGUGCCAGCCGAUUGUGUUCCUUUUCAACCA